GCUUCGCUUGAAUAAGCAACGUACGCCAGGAAUAGCAGAAGUUGGGAGAGUCGAGAAGGAAUAUAUAUUUUGCAUUUUUAUGCAUCAGUUGAAUAAUAUGUCUUGUUCAAUGUUUUCAAACCAUAAUGCAUAUACAUCGUACAAAGGUUAUGAAUCGUUUAAUGCGACAAGUGUUAAUGUCAGUCCAAUGGGGAUAGACAAUUCUCUUACAUCGACUAUACCAGGUUUUCCAUCUCAGAAUGCAAGUCAACCGAACAGCCUUCAUCAGCCUCAAUGUCGUUAUACGUAUGCACUUCCAAACCAAGCAUUGAACACUCCAGGUUCCAGUCUCCUGACAAGUCAUACAUUUUAUGAUCCAGAAUUAGAGGCGCGAGCAAAACAACUACAGGAACUGGAAAGAUUUGCAAAUGAAUUCAAACAUUGCCGUAUCAAAUUGGGUUACACACAAACAGGGGGAGCUGCAUUAGCAGCAAUCCAUGGAACCGACUUCAGCCAAACAACCAUAUGUCGUUUCGAGAAUCUUCAACUGAGCCUGAAGAACGCUUACAAACUGAAGCCGAUCCUUACACGAUGGUUAGCCGAAGCAGAACGCCAGGAGGCGGACAAUGGCGAAGACGAUCUCGGACAAGAUCGUAAAAGAAAGAAAAGAACGACGAUUAGUUUAAACGCAAAGGAAGCGUUGGAGCGACAUUUCAUCAAACAUCCAAAGCCAUCAUCCUUGGAAAUUUACAGAAUUGCAGACAGUCUUGGUCUGGAUAAGGAAGUGGUCAGAGUUUGGUUCUGCAAUCGCAGACAGCGGGAAAAACGCGUAAAAACAACAUUGAGCACUGCCAUUUCCUUAUUUCCACCGAUUUUGCAUCAACCCACUAUUAUGUAGGCAAGCAUCGACCGCAUUCCAAACAUAACGACGGCGCAGCUGAAAACCUGAAGUAGCUAACUUGUUGAGAAUGGAUGUUAAUCACUUCUAUUAGGAGUCUUGGGACUCUUGGCGUUUCUGCUUAUUAAUUUUAUGGUUAUUCAAACAGUUCUGUUUCUAAAAUAGAGAAAACUAAAAUGGACGAGUUCACAAACUUCAAAAAAGCGUUUAGUUAUGCGCAAUGAAUAAGAGACUUACAUGUUGACUGUUGAGACUUACAUAAAUAAAUUUAGCAUCAACUAAACUUUCUUUUAAAUGCUGUUGAUUUGUUUAAACAUGUUAACAAAAACUCGAGCAGGGAAGGAGUGAAAGAAUGAGCGAGAGAUUAUUGACUGAAACGGCGCCUCGCACUCAUUGCUUGCCUGCCAAAGAGGCAUAAACACAAUUCAAAGGUAUUUUGUGUUUAAGGUUGGCAAAGUGCAAUUGGCCACUACAUGUAUGUCUUGUUAUUGUAAAACAAAUCCCCCCCGUUCAAUCAAUAAGAAUUUGUAUUCUAAUCAACAAUGUAAACGGUGUUAGUUUUAUUGAGGUAAGUAUAAAGCAUGAUAAACAGUCAAUGGUCUGUGUUAAUAGUCGAGUUCUUUGUUAUCAAACUGUUUUUUAUUAAGUAAUUAAAUUUGCACCGUAUUGUUAUAAUUUAAUGAACGCACGCGAAAUUAGAACUCAGAAUGCAUUUCAACCAAUCAGCACUCAGAAAGCGCUAAUAUCCAAAAUAAAGUCAAUUGUACUGCACUUAGUCGAUUAUGUAUGUUUAUCUAUUCUUUAUAUACGAAAUUUUGUUGCUGUACGUUCAGACAUGAAAGCCAUAGUUCUUAGAUAAAUUUCAAACCGAAAUUAGUAUAAUUAAAGAGAUAUUACAAUGUUC